CUCUGCGCCGCGCGGCGGCGGCUGCCAAGAUGGCUGCGCCCAGCGCGGAGGGGCCCCGCGGCUGAGGCGCCGUACGGGCCCCGCGGGGACCAUGGACGUGCUGUUCGCGCUGCUCCGCGGGCUGCGCCUGCUGCUGGACCUGCUGCUGCUGGUGCUCGACCUCAACUUCUUCCUGGUGUCCUCGCUGGUGUCCGCGCUGCUCUGGCUGCUGGCCGCGGCCUCCAGCCUGCCCGCGGCCGCGGCCGCCGCGGUGGUGGCGUGCUGGGAUGCGCUGGUGCUGGUCCGCGGCUGCUGCGGGGCCAUGGAGGGCAUGCGGGCGGCCGGGCACCUGGUGUCGCACCUGGCGCUGCGGGGCCGGGAGCUGGUGCAGCGCGGGCUGGGCGCCGUGCUGGGCUGCGGGCAGGCGCUGGGCCGGCAGCUGUGCGAGGCGCUGGCCAUCGGCACCAGCCUGCUGAUGUACCUGGUCAACAGCCUGGUCAACGUGUGUCUCAUCGGCACCCAGAACCUCUUCACGCUGCUGGGUGCCCUCUGGGACUCGCUGGCCGGGCCUGUCAUCAGGGUCACCGACCUGCUGGCCGCGUUCCUGGCUCAUGUGUCCAGCGGUGCCAUCGCCGUGUCCAUCCUGCUGUGGUCGCCGUGCCAGAUGGCCUUCGAGCUGCUCUGCUCCGCCACCGACCUCUUCAUCAGCGUCUUCUUCGUCAAUGUUUACGGCCUGGGCUUGCUCGUGCUCAUCAUGGUGGUCAGCGCCUUCGUGUUCAACCCUGGGCUGCUGUGGACGCUGACGGGCUACCUGCUGGGCUACUUGCACACGCUGCCCUCCCUGCGCCGCCUGCAGCGGGACGUGUGGCGGCUCUACCAGGUGGCCGUGCUGACCCUGGGCGUGGCCAUGACCUCGCAGCCCUGGCGCAGGCUGGUGGACUGGAUCCUGCAGGUGACCGACUGGAGCCUGCAGGUGACCAACUGGAGCCGGGGAGGCCGGAUGGUGAACCAGGCCAGCGAGCAGCGCCGGGCCGUGGCUGCACCCAGAGUGACCGUGGGUCAGCCGCCGGCCGAGCAGGAGGAGCAGGGUGCAGGGCAGGUACCACAGCCACGGCCUGCUCUGAACCGUGCUGGGACAGGGCAGCGUCACCAGCCAGCCAGGGAGGAACCGGGCACGUCCUGGUGGAAAGCUCCGAGGAAGCAGCAGCUGAACGGGGAGGGAACCCCCGACAACGACCCCUGGGCGCUGCUGAAAGAACAAGAGGAGCGUAAGAAAUGCGUCAUCUGCCAGGACCAGACCAAGACAGUCCUGCUGCUGCCCUGCAGGCACCUGUGCCUGUGCCAGGAGUGCACGGAGGUGCUGCUGCAGCAGGACAUCUACCAGCGCAACUGCCCCCUGUGCCGCCAGAUGAUCCUGCAGACCCUCAACGUCUACCUGUGAGCCCCAAACAACUCCUGGUUGUUUUCCCAGGAGGUCAAGGGCACCUCGGUCUGCACUUCUCCAGGGCUGCCUUGAGCAGCUUCCAAAGAACUCUGGAUGGUGCUGGAAGGGCAGAACGCUGUGGGCUGGCUGCUGGUCACAUUUGCUGUGUAACUAGGUUGUAGCUCUUGCUAGCAAGCACAAUACUGAUCUCUGCAGCAAGCUGGAAGAGUUACCUGGGUUUGUUUUUUUUGACAGCUUUUGCUGUUUCAGGGCGCUGUUGCCUUGAACCUGCAGCAGCCUGAGAUCCAAAGCAGAGCGCAGAAAAAUGCUCUGGUCCCUCCUAGCCAAAGCUGAUGGAAAGGGUAAAGGCUGUGCCCUGCUGGGAAUCACCAGGGCUGGUGCAAGCCAGGUGAGCUUUAUUUCCAAAGGUCUCACUAGAGAAUUACCUGGCAGGCUGCAUGCAGGCUUCUGUUUCCUCCUCCCACCAUCGAAGUGGAGGAGCUCCCUGUUUGCAAGGAGCACACUCGAGUUUUUCAGUGUUUGCUGAGCUGCCUCUCAGCUAGAGAGCAGGGUUUCUGGGGUGCUCCACCAGCCCAGCAGCUUUGCUUUGGGAGGGAUAUCCCUUGCCAGGACAGCGUGGAGCUGUGAUGAACUGGGGCUCCCUGCAGAGCUCAGUGUUGCUGCUGCUUCUCACGCAUCACCUAUGCAAGACUAGCAAGCACAGGCCAGGUUACCUGCACAGGGAGGCUGGAGAGGAGCCCCUCUUUCUGCAGGGCUGGUGCUGCUGCCUGGGGAGCCCGAGGAGCAGCCACCCAGCCAGUGCUCCCAGCCCUGGCAGCAGCAACAGCCCAGAUUUGAGCCAAGGCUGGAGAAUCCUCUCCAAAAACCUUUCAUUUACAGGCUCAGAGUGCCAUGGAACAGGGAGGGUCACUCCAGAACUUGCUGGCUCCUUCCCAGGCUGGGCUGGCUGGAGGGAGGAACCCUCUGGGAAGAGAGGGAGCACCCCAAAGCUCCUGGGAGCUCACAGACAUUCCAGCUCCAGGCACAGUUUCUGCACAGAUCUGCAGUUGUGUGCGUGGAGCAGUACCAGGACCACGGAUAUCUUGGAUUAGGGCAGGGCUGUACCGUUGUUUUGUCUCGUUGUCUGUCACUAAUGUAGCCACUUUUGUUCCAAAGUGUCCCCUGAAUUCCACUUUUGUUCCAAAGUGUCCCCUGAAUUCCACUUUUGUUCCAAAGUGUCCCCCAAAUUCUAACAAAGGAAUCAGAUCCUGGCUGGGGGAGGCCUGAGAUGGCUCUUCCCAGUUUGGGCAACCAGCACCAUUCCAAGAAAUCACUGGGCUGCAGGAAGGCCUUGCACUAAAAAGCUUUUCCUAUUCCAGCUGCUUGCCUGAGGUCAGCCACACGCCACAGCCAAUUUUGGCUGGAGCCAGACCGGAGAGAGUCUUGACUCCUGGACUGCAAGCCAAUAACCUGAGGGCAGCUGGCAUGGUUUUCCUUCUAUUUUGCUUCUUGAUUAACAAUUUAAGCCAAAACAGAGGCAGCAGAGAGGCCAGGCCGUGCUGGGAGAUGCCUCUGAGUUGUGGCAAGGAGGAAUCUUGUUGUUGAGUGGCUUUGCUGGGAAAGGCACUGCCAGGGCUGAUUGUUCCUGCAUUUCCCGGGAGCUGCCAGGGCUGAUUGCUCCUGCAUUUCCUGGGAGCUGCCAGGGCUGAUUGCUCCUGAAUUUCCCGGGAGCUGGGAGGGUUCCCUGGGCCAGGCCAGGCUCCUGGGCACUGCUGGGUGUUGGAAGGGCUGUCAGCUGCUUCCACUUCAGAGAAAUGCAAAAUUCCCCUUGCUCAACCUCUGUCCCUGUGCCUCCCCACACACCUCCCUUGUUAAUAUUGGCUCUCUCCAGCCAGCAGCACUUGAGAGCAGCCAAACCCUCCCCAGAGCAGUGAGUGUGACUGCCCAGGGUCUGGUUUGUGCCAGGCAAUGCCAAGGAGUCAGGGAGCAGUACCUGGGGCCACUCAGGAUGGGAUUGUGGCCACAGGCAGCAGCAUUCCCUUGGGACCAGCUCAUGGAUCAGGGGGUGCCACACUCUCUGUAUGAGUUACAGGGUGGGGUGGGGAAAGGACACCUCCCCAAAAUUGCGGUUUCUUCCCUCAACCCCUUUUUUUUUAUAUUAUUAUUAUUAUUAUUAUUAUAGCAGUCACGCUUGUUUGUUUUAGGGCCUGUUUGCUGUUUAUAAAAGAAGGCUUUGCCUUAAGUUUAACUCUUUGCACUAUGGACUAGAUACUGAGCAGAUUAAAACAUCCUU